GCGUUCUCGAAGAGGUUAUUGAAAAGAAUACGAUUUUCAACGAUACAGAACUUAGAUCUUGGAACAAGCACGAUGACGAGAUACAAAAUGAUUUUCAAUCAGAUUUAACCGCGGAUAGUAUAGACGCGUAUUACAUCGAGGACGAUACUUCGUUCGCUAACAAGAAGAGAAUCGAUCGUGAAGAUUCGUCAGAAAUCAAUCUGAAGCCUACCACUAUGCGUGGCAUUCCAUUGAUCAAUUUGCUGCACAGCCAAGUUCCGCGUGGUUUUUAUGUCACUAGAAGCGAAACGGAACAUUCAACGUCGAAAAGAGUAAAGAUCGAUGCAUUAACUACCGAAUUUACCACCUUGUCUGUAGAGACUAAUGAAAAUAUACCUUCUGGGAUCGCUGAAAAAAUUGGACAAUCCGAUAUAGAUGGAAAAAUGAUUACCGAUCUCGAGCACGAUGACAACACCGAAGAAAAUCUUGAGGUUACCACGACUUUUAAUACCGAAUUAUCCAUGAAAAAUAAUAGAAAUGGAGCUAGAGUCGAGGGUAGAGUGGAAAGCACAUCUGUUUCAAUGGAUCAAGUUCAAAUAGAGAAAGAUGUAUCAUCGAUAAUGAAAUUUACUAGGAUUUCAAUUCCAGAAGAAAAUGUAACAACUUCUUCGAUUUCCACAUCUUUAUCCGAUUCGUCACCUUCUAUGCUUACCUCCCAAUCUUCUAAUGAAUCCGAGAUUAUUAAUUCCACGACCAAAAAAUCCCUAAUCAACGAUCAGAAUAUUCCUAUUUUGAAUACCGUAAUUCCUGUAACCGCGAUACCUUCCAAUAUUACAACUGAUACAAACUUAUUAGAAUCAGAUGUAACGGAAUUAUAUAUGGAGAAUACAACGCAUUCUGCGGAUUUAGAAAACAGCUAUUCGAUAAAUAGUCAAAAUAAAGGAAAAUCUACAAAAAAUGACGGAGAAUUCAAAUCGAUUUUAUCGACCACGACGCUUUCUUCGACUAGCACCGUGGAAACAUCGGUUACCGACACGACGAUUAAUGUGUUCAAUACCCACGAUGAAAAAAUUAAAUUUACUUCGAAUUACGAAUUUGGUCGUAAAUUUCGGAGACGUGGCCAGAAUCGUUAUUACGUGAAUCGAUUGAACAAAAAUCAAGAGAAUUCAACGAAAAUAGUUGAAAGAACGCAAAAUUCUCGUCGUAAAAUUAUAGGUUAUCGAAGACCGUUACGCAGACCUGUUUUCAAUGGUAAAGCUGUGAACGAUUCGUUCGUUUACGAAGUAACCACUUUGAAAGAAACAAAAGUGAAUGAUUCCAUAAGAAAUCCAAAUGAUUGGAAAGACACAAACAAAGAAGAAACAAACGUGGAAAAGAAGUUAAUAUCAAAGGCAAAUCAAACAAGAAACGAAGCUGUUUUCGACGAAGAACAUCUUCGGAUCGAGGAGAAUAUUGAUCGAUCCGAAUCCGAGGUGAAUUCCUCGAAGAAUACGGUAACAUCUCGUACACCAGGAAAUUUGUCGUCGACCAGAUUGAGAAAACCCACUGCAUUCACUUUGACGCCAUUGCAAAGCAAAACUACAAACACAUUCGCGAAUCAUCGAAAGACUCAUCUGACCGAUGGAAAAUUACAAACUGUUGUUAACGAAACACUGGAUACCGUGGAUGAAAGAACGGAAACUUCGAAACCUGAGAAAGAUAUCGAUCAAAAUAGUAGAGCACAAGAAAUCGCGGUCACAUUGGCGGAUCCACCGUCUGUGCAAUCAUCAACCACCGGUCGACCAUCGUUACGGAACGCCCUGAAGCGCAAAAUAAGCACUACGGUUGCACCUAGAACAGAUGCAACGACAAGCAGGGCUAGCCUCAGGUUUACACCGGCUCUCAGUGAUCGACAGAAGCCGGGAACGAAGGAUAAAACUCAUCGAAACUCGACGACAACAAGGCCUAGACAACGACCGCCUGUUGUCGAUUACGAUUAUUACGAGGAUGAGGAGGAACCGGUGAUCGGAAAAUCAACCUUCAAUGGAAAACUCUUUCUCACGAGUAAAGGAACUUUUCGAUGCUUGGACCAAGGCAAUUUUCCUCACCCUUACUCUUGUAAAAAAUUCAUUAUUUGCGCCAGAAUGGUAAACGGAUUGGUGAUCGGAGCCGAGUACACUUGUCCUGACAGGUUAUCUUUUGACCCAGUCGGUGGUAUUUGCAAUUGGUCAGCUGGACUUGGCUGCAAGGAAUAAUUUCUUUUGAAUUAUCGAUCGAGCAAUAAUUACGAAAAAUAUUAAAUAUUAUCCAAAUGAAACAAAUGAAUCAAAAUCGUGAAGUCACUUUUCUAUCGAAUUAAUUGUACAAUGAGACACAAGGAAAGAUCUUUUUUUUUCAUUUUUACGAACACGUGUAGCCAUAACCAAUAGAAAUGAAGCAUGGUGAUAUUAUCGUUAAUAAAAAGUUUGUAAAUAUUAUAGCUAUUGUAUAUACAUAGAUUUAGCUUGCGUUAUUGGAUAUCGUAAUACCAACUUAAUAAUUUAAACGUUGGUAAUACAUUUAGUGUAGAAAAGAUUAACGAAAUCUUUAUCUUUUUCUUAAGAUUAUAUGUAAAAUAUUUGCAAGAUUUCUUACGAACUCGAAAGAUUGAAUCAGAUAUAUUAUAUAUAUAUUUAUAUAUAUAAUACAUUUUGUAUUUGGAAUAAAAGUAUCCAUUUUUAACCACACUGUUAGAAAUUUUUAUUUAAAUAUUUUUUGUUAUUAUUUCGCCCACUUGAUAUGACGCAUACUAGGAUACGUUAAAAACAAUUAUACCCAAUCUUUACGCUUUUUUUUUUUUUCAAUACAAAAUUUGAUCGGUCUU